AUGGAUAGCAUGAGUGAGGCAUUUGAUCAAAUGCAAAUGGUCAAGGAUGUUCUAGCCAACAGUGAUAAAGUUUCAGAGGUCCUACAAGAGUCUACUCAUCAGUUCAACCUGCUUACUUCACCCACCUUCCUACCAAAGGUCAAGGAUCAAGGGAAAUUCACUCUCCCUUGCACACUUGGGCAUCUUGAGAUUGACAAUGCCUUAGUGGAUUCUGGAGCAAGCAUCAAUCUGAUCUCUCUCUCCAUGGCAGAGAAGCUAGGCAUUGCUGGAGCCUUGCAGCGCCCUACUACUUCAAUCAUGUUUGGAGAUGCAACUUCUAAGUCUCCUCUUGGAGUGUUCAAGAACUAUCACUUGAAAAUUGGAGAAUGCAUCAUCCAAACUGAUCUCACUGUGAUGGAAAUGGAAGAAGAGAAGGAUUUGCCUUGUUAUUGGGAACCCCUUUCCUUACCUAGAGGUUCAGACUUUUGUGCCACAAUUGACAGUACCAAUCUCAGUUCUAAGAGUCAUGGAGCUACAAAGGUUGUGAAGGAAAGGGUUGACAAGGAACCAAGAGUUGGGAAGGAUAAGGAUGAGAGAGGACCAAGGAUUGAGAAGCCACGUCUUGAGAGGGCUAGAGUUGAGAAACCACGAUCUGAUAGGCCAAGAGCUGAAGACUUGUUCAAGCCCCUUGUGUGCUUGAUGAAGAGAGCCUUCAAGCUUUGUUUGAUGAGCCACUAG